CUCAGAACUCCGAUUUCGGCAACCAGCUUGCCUUCCAUAUUCGCAUGAGCCUCAACCGCGAGACGAAAUGCCGCAAGGCAGAGAGCCAGCAAGUGAAGCUGGAGAACGAGGAGAUGGACGGCCCCUGGGAGCAGGUGGACGUUCGGGUGCCUCUGGUGGACUCGGGAGACUCGGCGACGUUCCGCUCGCCGACGUCGACGAGGCCUACGCAACAACGGAUGCUGCCGCAGGGGCGGCUGAUCGCUCAUCAGGACACGAAGGGCAACAUCUUCUACACGGUCGAGGGCUCGGAGCUGGACAACAGCAUGAAGCGGAUGACGGACAUCUUCCUACUGGAACACCUGCCGAAUUGGGAGAUGUGGUCGAGCAAGUUCCUCCGGCAGUGGACACAGUGCCGCCGCUCGGGGCGGGUCAUGCAGAAGGUAUUUCUGAAGACGAUCGACCACGUGAACUGGAAGCUGGACAGUCUCGGCCUACCUGUGCAGCUGCUACCAGAGAAGUACCCGACCUGGCCGACGGACCUCGAGCACCGUGCGAAGAUCGAGCAGUGUCCGCCGAGCACGAAGCAGAACCAAGAGCUGCGGGCCACCAUCGAGACCGCAAAGUCCGAUUUCUUGACCAAGUUUGCGGAAGUGAAUGCGUUUGCAGCGCUGAGCUCAGAGCAGAUACGCGAGCAGCUCAGCAUGGUCACGCUGGGCAACCACCUCAGGCCCCUGUGCAAGAUGGGGGGGUUGACCCAGUCGGGCAAGAAGGAGGAGGUGGUCGACAAGAUCAUAGCGUACAUCAUCGAGCAGCGCGGCACGGCGGCAGCGACGAUCAAGAUCAAGAUGGAGACCGAGACGAAGAAGACGGAGACGGCGCCUACGACUGUAAGCCCGGCGAUCCCAGCUCACUACACGCAGAUGUGCCAGCACCCGGACUGCAAGCUAUGCCGAGGCAUCGCGAAGAACGAGCCGAUCGUGAAGGUGAGGCCCUACGGGUGGUGCCACCAGGCGUGCGCGGCCAGGGCGAGGGCCUGUGUGCGACGAGUGGCCUACCACUACGAGCGUCUCGGCCUGUUCAACGAGAACGACCCCAGCAAGCCGCAGGGUUGCCACAGGGCGAAGUUCUUGCUGGACGAGAAGCGCCCGGAGCUCUUCGUCAGCACUCCACCCUGCGGACCCUGGUCGAUAAUGCAGAACGUCAACCAGCGCGAUGACAGACAGAGUGAGAACCUUCGUAGGAAGCGCCUCAAGAGCCAGCGGAUCUUCGAGAACAACAAGAGGCCCAUAGAGCACCAGGUGUUCAAUCUGAACGGCUCGGCCCUCGCCGAGCAGCCACACAACAGACUAAGAGCUCCCGACACAGGCGAGCUCAUGAAGAAGCGCUGGAAGUUUCUGACGAACGACAAGAAGAUCUGGGUAGCCCUACAGCCGUUACAAUGCCGUGGAGGACACUACCACGAGGAGAUCGAGAGCAGCUUGAGGACCGAGGCUUCGGGCUACCACCCCAAGAUGCUGUGCCGCCGGAUCCUCCGGGCUCUGACUAAGAGCCAGAACCAGAACUACUUCGAGGACGAGGUUGUGAAGUGCCUCUGCAUGGCAGCUACCCAGCGGCCACCGACGGAGCCUACGCCCGUGGAGGACGAGCCGUCGAUUCCACUACAAGACGGCAAGGAGACUCACAACCUCACCAAAGAAAAAAUCAAGAAGAUCGAGAGCUACAUCAGACUGGUGCACACCAACCUUGGACAUCUAUCUCGAGCGCAUUUACUACGAUACCUUCGUGACCGUGGUGCUCGCCCAGAGGUGCUACGACUGGCCAGGACAUUCAAGUGCGACAUCUGCGGCGCGCACCGUCCACCGACGAAGCGGCCACCAGCAUCAUCAGCAGAGCAGCCGCAGAACGGUCACGAGGUUCUCUUCGAUGCCUUCUCAUGGAUCCGUCGCAGCAAGAAGACGAACGCGAUGGCGCUGGCGAUCCUCGACGCCGGCUCAGACAUCCUCUACGUGCGGCUGAUCGACGAGAAGCAGAUCCCGGGUACGACCCGACAAGUUCGUGCCGGCGACCUUCGGCAUAUCUUUGCGACAAAGUGGUUUCCCUGGAUGGGACGUCCGAAGGUCGUGCGCUACGACCCCGCUGGCAGCGCCAUCUCUAACGAGUUCCGCGAGUGGAUCGAGAGCCAGGGAGUCUACUGUCUUCCAUGCGCGGCCGACGCCCACUGGCAGAUCGGCAAGAUUGAGCGCGCGAUAGAAGCCUUCAAGGAGGCCCUCGACGCUCUCGACGAGAACGACCUGAUCAGGAUCGACGGGUUCAGCCCACUGCAGCGCUAUGCGGGACGGACCCCGACGGGGACCACGGUUAACCUGUCCGACGAGCCGAACAAUCUGCCCCUCAUCAGCGCCGAGCUGCAGGAUGACACCUUCAGCAGGGGCGCCCAAAUUCGACGAAUGGCCCGGCUGGCUCACAUCCAGAUCGAGAACUCCGACCGAGUCAAACGGGCGGAGGCCGCGCGCUUCAGGUCUUUCAAGAGGUACGAGACGGGCGACCUGGUCUUCGUCUACAGGAAGCUCCCACCAGGAGCCUGGAUCAAGAAGGGCCGACCCCGCUCCAUGCCUGGGCGAGGCCGCUGGUACGGACCUGGACGAGUACUCUGCCACGAGCCAUCGAGCUCGGGACAUCGACCUGGUCUACCUGGGACGGUGGUCAACAUCACACUGGCUGGACGCCUCUACCGAGUUGCCCCAGAACAGCUUCGACCUGCUACGCCCUCCGAAGAGGCGAUGGACUCUCUACGCUCGCGUCGCGAGCAGCCGGGGACGUGGAACUUCGGCGACGUCCAGAAGCUGCUCGACCAGAACGAGGUGAUCGACCUUUCGAACGAGUCCCCGCCCACUGGUGAGGACCUUGCCGCUGACGAUGGCGAGUCUGUCAGCGCUCGCGCCUUCGAGGGCAACGCGAGCGGACCCUGGGCCAUUCCUGAGGGCGCGGACUGGAAGAGCGACCUCUUCCCGGACCGCGACCUCCAAGGCGCCUUCGGAAGAAGGGCAAUCCCUGGACCGAGGCGCCCGAGGUCCAAGAACCCUCUCAUACAGCCAGUACAGCCAGAAGCACCACCAGGCAUUCCACAAGAGGGAGGUCACGAAGCUGGACACCAAGAAGAAGCCGAGCUACCUGCAGAAGAGGAGAUCGUCAUGGAGGCCCCUCCCGACGACGACCAAGCGGAGCGUGCGUCUCAGCAGCCCAUCGCGGUGGACACGGACGACGACCUCGACGGGACUACGGCGCCCAACGUGAACGAUAAGCGCCAGCUGCGGUCGCCUGGCUCAACCGAGACACCUGCCAAGAAGCAGCGGAUCAACGUCGCGACCCUGGAGGCCUUCUCCUACUACCUGCAGGAGGGCAACUUCUACGGGGACUACGCCUACAGCGUCCAGCAGUACGACGAGACGAAGGAGUACGACGAGCUCAUCGUGCUGGACAACCCCAUCAGCAACGAGCACGCGUUCAUGACCUACAUGGACGAUCCCAGCAACUUCGUGGCAUCACAGGCCCAGAAGGGCCGAGUGGAGGUCUCCUUCAAGAAGGCGACGCCUGAGGAAAAGAAGCUGCUACUUGAGGCCCAGCAGAAGGAGUGCACCUCCGUCCUCAGCACGAAGGCCGUUGGGAUCCUCAGCCGCAAGGGGAUCGACCCGGCGCGCCUACUGCGCUGCCGCUUCGUGCUGACCUGGAAGAAGGACGAGCAGGGCAACGUGCUCCGAGGCAAAGCCAGAUUGGUCGUGCUUGGCUUCAGCGACCCCGAUCUGCUACACCUACGGACAGAAUCACCAGUUGCCUCAAGACGUGCACGACAACUUCUACUGGCCAUGGCAGCAAGACACAAGUGGAAGCUGGAGAAGGCAGACGCAGUGACAGCCUUCCCCCAGGGCGAGACUGACGAGGAGAGGAGGAAGAUCUACGCCGACCCGCCGAAAGAUGUUCGUCAGGCCUUCGGCAUGAAAGAUGACGGUGUACUGCAAUUCCUCAAGCCGAUGUACGGGUUCGUACAUGCUCCUCGCAAGUGGUGGCUCCAUGUCAAGGACGCGCUCAGGACGCUGAAGCUGGAGAUCGUGCAGUGCGAGCCUUGCGUCUGGGUCAUCCGAGACGGCAACAAGCUGGUUGGCAUGGUCAUCCUACACGUCAACGAUCUGAUGAUUGCCGGCGAUCACAACAACUCUGCCUUUCGCAAGAAGCGUCAGGAGAUUCAACAAGCUUUCGAAUGGACACCCUGGGAGAGCCGAGCGUUCGUGCAGCGCGGCCUCAGCAUUCGACAGAACGAAGAUUACACCUGCAGCCUCGCACAGGACAGCUACAGCCUGAACAUGGAGCCCAUCAAGAUACGACGUGGACGGAAACCCACAGAAGGAGUUUCAGACAAGGAGAGAUCAGACCUACGAGGCCGACUUGGUACAGUCGGAUGGCGAGCUCAGCAGUCGGCCCCGUGGCUCAGCGCUGAAGUCCCCCUACUUCAAGCGGAGAUACCUACGGCCACGGUCUCAACCACCCAGAAGAUCAACCAGCUUAUCCGCACCAUGAAUGACACCGCCGACGUGGUCAUGCUCGUCCCGGCCAUUGAGCAGAUCGACGUGGUUGGCUGGGGCGAUGCAGCCUGGGCCGCCCGCAUCGCCGGCGAGUCCCACGGCGGAGAAAUCGUUGUUCUGGCCCCCCUGUCCUUCCUGAGUGGCUCGACAGAGACGGUUGCGCCUAUCUCCUGGAGAUCGUGCAAGCUACCAAGAGUGGCCAGAAGCAGUACGAGUGCGGAGGUCCAGAUGAUGACUGAGACCCUGGACGAGAUCAGUUACGUGCGCCUAUUUAUCUACGAGCUGGAGUGCGGUCAAGUGGACUACACCAACAAGCAGCACGUGAACGACGCCAUCUCAUCCUGCCCUGGCGUACUUGUCACAGACGGUAAGUCGGGCUACGACGCGAUCGAGAAGAGUGAGCCAGCUGGUCUCGGACUACGUGACAAGCGGACGAGCAUCGAGUGCCUGGGCAUUCGACAGCAGAAGGAGCAGACGGAUCGUGCCGCCAAGGUCUUGCUGGAGUUCUUCAGAUCAGGCCAGCGCUGGAGACUCGUGGACGACCCCCUUCACCGCAGCGCCCGGAAGCGCAAUACCGAGGGUAUGGACAAGCUCGACCAUGGCAAGCCGAUAUCGGACGAUGACGAGAACGCAAUGCUGGAGGCAAUGAUCUACUACGCCCGCGACAACCCCGACGAGCAGGAGAGCCCUGCUGGAGAUACAGCCUUGUGGGGCAUGGUGAAGCCGCUCACGCGCUCUGUGCUUUCUGUGAAUUCAGUUGCCAGAGGCAGGUCUCGAUGCCGUAACAUCGAUCUUGAGCUUUUGGGCAUGCAAUUCACAGCCCAGAGCCUGCCUCAUCAGAGCCUACUUGCGACAGAUGGCCUCUAG